GCGCGACUUUAUAACUAAACGUCCUGUAGGAGCAGUUGAAUUCUUACGGUCCCCGACUCUUAGGUAUUUGAGAAAAUGUCCAGGUUUCAGGAUCUUUCAGAAACUCUGUCAGAAACUGAUCUAUAUCUCAUUCAAGGAAUGAAUCAGCACAUCCCUGGCAGAAACACAGUUUUUCCAGAUGAGGUCCAACAGCUCUCAGUGAGUAAUGGAGUUUCCAGUGAGCAUCAGGAGAGGAGCUGCAGUCUAAACCAGGAGAUUACUGAGCCUCCACAUAUUAAAGAGGAACCAGAGGAACUGUGGAGCAGUCAGGAGGGAGAGCAGCUUCAAAGCCCAGAGGAGGAUGAUGUCAUCAAGUUCACUUUUGUUCCUGCCACUGUGAAGAGUGAAGAUGAUGAUGAGAAACCCCAGGCUUCACAGCUCCAUUACAGACAGACUGAUGAGCUGGAAACAGAAGCUGAUAGAGAGGACUAUGAAGGACUAGAAGCAGCGAGGUACUGUGUUUCUAAGAGAGAUUUACAACCAGAAAUUGAGGUCAAGACCGAAGACUCUUCUGACACUGAGACUGAUGACAGUGCUGAUUGGAAAGGGACAACACAGCGUUGGAAAGGUUCAAACUGGAUGGAAAACAUCAAAACAAGAAGAAGAAAGACUGAUAAGAAAUCGCAUAGCUGUUCUGAGUGUGGUAAAAUAUUUGAUCAAAAAGGCCAUCUUACAAAUCACAUGAGAAUUCACACAGGAGAGAAACCCUUCAGCUGUUCUGAGUGUAGUAAAAGUUUUGCCCAAUAUGGGAAUCUGACCAAACAUAUGUUAGUUCACUCUCGACAAAAACCUUUUAGCUGUGCUGAGUGUGGUGAGAGAUUUGUCAAAGAAAACAGUUUAACAAAACACAUGAGACUUCACCUGGGAGAGAGACCCUAUGGUUGCUCAGAGUGCAGUAAAAGUUUUAGUAUUAAAGGUCAGCUGACACAACAUAUGAGAAUUCACACAGGAGAGAAACCGUACAGUUGCUCCGUGUGCUGUAGAAGAUUUACACAACAAGGGACUAUGAGCAAACACAUGAGGAUUCAUACGGGAGAGAAACCCUUCAGCUGCUCUGAGUGUGACAAAAAAUUCAGACAAAAGCUGCAUCUGACACUCCACAUGGCACAUCACAGAGGGGAGAAACUAAUAUGCUGUAAUGUUUGUGAACGGAGAUUCUCCUGGCAUAGUUCGUUGAGAAAUCACAGGUGUAAUGGCUAUAAAGAUUCAGAGCUUAAUGAAAACCAAACAGAGGAGAGCAGAGAGGCAAAACCAGAAGAUAGACAAGAGGACUGUGUAGGAUACAGCAAGCCAGGAGCUCAGCUGCAGAUAGAUAUUUAUAACCAGUCUCAAUCCUAACCAUAGUGUUGACAAAUUAAAUAUUUGUUUUUGAUUUUGUUAAAAUGUGAACUAAAAAUAUUUUGGCUUUUCAGGAUAAAAGGAAGGGGAGGAAUUGGAGAUCAUUAAUGUAAAAUUGUGUAUCACCAGCAUAUAAAAUGGUUUUAUAUUUGUUUGCCUUAAUA